AUGUGGUCUUAGUACAAAUCGAACCACGGCGCGCAUCCGAUCGUAAAUUUCUACAGUGAUUGAUGGUGAACAUUGUUUCAAAGUAUGAUAUUAAAUCUCAACAAGAAAAAACUACUGCUGCUAUCGACUCUAGCCGCCAUUGUUAUAGUGGCUCUAGUCCUAGGUCUGGUCUUUGGCCUCCAAAGUGAAGAUGCCGGCGGUAAAGGAUCUCGCAAAUAUCUCCCAGGUGGGGCAGUCGUUUCCAAUGGUGAGGAAUGUGCCGCGAUAGGGGCCACUAUAUUGAGGAAGGGUGGCUCGGCAGUUGAUGCAGCGAUAUCACUCAUGCUGUGCGAAGAACUAACAUCCCCACAGAGUACCGGCAUUGGAGGUGGAUUCCUAGCGACGGUGUACAAUCGUGAGACGGGAGUGGUAGAAUCUUUGGAUGCCCGGGAAAUGGCUCCCAGUGCCGCGAAGGAAGAUAUGUUUGUGGGAAAUGGCGAUGCCGCUGUAGAGGGAGGAUUGGCCAUCGCAACUCCAGGUGUCAUCAAAGGCUUCUGGGAGCUUCAUCAACGAUAUGGGAAACUGAAGUGGAAGGAGUUGUUUGAACCGGUUAUUCAGUUGGCGAGAGAUGGCGUGAAGGUUUCUCAGUUUCUUGUGAGUGCUUUGCAAUCUGAACGCAAUAGACUUCGGACGAUUCCAUCACUACGGGAGUUGUUCGUAAACCCUGAAACUGAAGACGUAUGGCAAGGAGGGGACGUUUUGAAGUACACGGUACUUGGUGACACUUUUGAAGUGAUUGCCAAUGAGGGGGUUGAUUCACUGCACGGAGAAAAUGGAACGCUUCUACCGAAGAUUCUUGAAGAUUUGAAGGAGUUUGGAAGCAUCAUCACGAAGGAGGAUUUUCUCAAUUACAAACCUCGUUGGCUAGCUCCAGCAUCCACAACACUUCAACAGGGAUCAAGUGUCUACAGUAUGCCACUUCCCGGAAGUGGAACCAUUGCCAUCUACAUGCUAAACUUGUUGGAUGGAUACGACGAUUUACACCCGGAUGAUUCUCUCACGUGGCAUCGGGUCUUGGAGAGCUUCAAACACGCUUACGGGCUGCGCACACGUCUCGGCGAUCCAGAAUUCAUUCCCGAAAUUCAGGAGUUGGUUCAAAACUUGACAAGUAAAUCUUACGCGUCGAUGGUUCGUGGGAAAAUAGACAGUGAUCAAACAUCCACCGACUACGAGUACUAUGGAGCGGAGUUCGCUGAGAAGGAAGAUCAUGGUACGGCUCACAUUUCCGUACUGGCCCCAAAUGGCGAUGCCGUGGCCAUGACAGGAACUGUUAACACUUUCUUUGGUUGCAAGCGUCGAUCACCUUCAACCGGGAUCAUAUUCAACAACAUCAUGGACGACUUCUCCACCCCGGGAGUGAUCAACUCCUUCGGAGUCCCAGCAUCGCCGGCAAAUUUCGUUUCACCCGGUAAACGACCAAUGUCUUCCAUGACACCAACGAUUGUAGUUGACGCCAAAGGGGACGUAAGAAUGAUUGUCGGAGGUGCUGGGGGAACGCGGAUCACUACAUCAACCGUACUGCUGGUUCUUCAGAGUGUAUUUUUCGGUCGGAAUCUAGAGUCGACGAUGAGCGCACCCAGGUUGCACCAUCAGCUGGCACCGAUGGCUGCCGAUGUCGAGCAGACGUUCGAUCAGUCUGUGAUUAAUGGACUAAGGGAACGGGGACAUGAGGUACGGUUAUCUACGGGGAUUGGAACCACAACCGCAAUUGCUAGAGAGCGAGAUAACAGCAUUAGUGCGGCCUAUGAUCCAAAAAGAGGAGGAAGUUGGGAAAUAAUUAAUUAGAAUGUGAAA